GAGUGGCAGUUCCGGAUGCGGUGGCAUGUUGCGGGCGCGCCAUGGCGUCAUCCAGACACCCAACUUCCCACAUCGCUUCGGCACGCCCAUCGAAUGCGUUUGGAUAAUCGACGCCUCCGAUCUGCCCUCCACCGGCCAGAAUGUCUCCAUUGUGGUGUACCUGACGCAGCUUUAUGUGCUGAGCGGUCUGAAGUUCACGGAGUACAUGUACUAUUCGGAUGACUUCAAGGUACCCGCCCAUCGGGUCUUUACGCUCACCGAAGACGAUGUGACCCAGGCCACAUGGGUGCAGUUCCACAGCCAGUACCUGGAGAUACGGUUCACAAUGGCCACAUUGGAUGGAACUCAUCUGCGGGCACUGGAUCGUCUGUUGGAUGUCUAUGGAUUCAACAUUACCUACGAAGUGCAGAAUGAGGUGAAGACAUCGCAGUGUAAUGCCCUGCAGUGCCGUUUCCUGGGAGAUUGCUUUGCAAGUGCUGAUUACAGCUUGUAUGGAUGCGCCUGCUUUCCCGGCUUCAGUGGCAGCGACUGUGGACAUGGCCCACUGUGCCAGGACCUGCACACCAACGUUUGUCAGAACGGCGGCACUUGCAAGCACAUCGGCGACGCCGCCAUAACUUGCCACUGUCCGAAGGGCUUCAAGGGGACCAGAUGUGAAAUACCCGAAAUAAACGAGACGACGCAGGGCUGCACCAGCAACACCAGCUCCAUCGAUUGCCAUCAGGCCUGCGAUUUUGACAGCUUCAGCCGCAUUGGUUCCAUGCCCCCCGGCCAGCGUUAUUCCGCCGUCAAAACUAACCGGAAUUUGGCUCGCAGCGGUAAAACCCGAUACGAGGUGACCAUGAGGCUUGGAGCCAAUCUCACGGGUUACUAUCGACACGCCGAUCGGGAUCAACUCUCGGCGUAUGGAGAGACAGAACAACUACUAUCUAGAAAUAUCUUCUUUAUUUGA